AUGAGGUUCCUGGCCUUUGGCUUCUUCUGCCUGUUGUGCUGUAAUGCAGUUCAGCUGGACAAACGCCGUCCCAGACCCAUCAGAGCCAGGAGGCAAAAUUUGACUUCUGUCCAAAUCAAAGCAGGGGAGAACCCCUGCAAAGCCGUCCCGCUGGAUUUCUACUUUGUCAUCGACAGCUCCAGAAGCAUCCGUCCCAAUGACUACGAGAAGGUCAAGACCUUCAUCAUCAACCUGAUUCAGUUCCUCAAGAUUGGCCCUGAUGCCACACGGGUCGGUCUGCUCCAGUACGGCAGCGUGGUCCAGCCUGAGUUCUCCCUCAAGACGUACAACAAUAAGGCUGAGGUGGAGCAGGCGGUGAGGAACAUGGAGCACCUCGCCACAGGGACCAUGACCGGUCUGGCCAUCCAGUACACCAUGGAGACUGCCUUCACAGAGGAGGAGGGAGCACGGCCAGCGAACCUGCACAUCCCACGAAUCGCUAUGAUUGUGACUGAUGGGAGGCCUCAGGACACGGUGGAGGAGGUAGCAGCUCAGGCGAGGCAGGCUGGCAUCCAGAUCUUUGCUAUCGGAGUGGGCCGGGUGGAUAUGAACACCCUGAAGGCCAUAGGCAGCGAGCCGCACUCGGAGCAUGUGCACCUGGUGGCCAACUUCAGCCAGAUAGAAACCCUCAUCUCCGUGUUCCAGUCCAAACUGUGUGGAGGUUCAGAGAUGUGUGAGGUUGUGGAUCAUCAGUGCCAACAUAUCUGUGUGAGCAGCCCUGCUUCGUACAGGUGCAAGUGUAGGAAAGGCUUCACCCUCAACCCUGAUGGCAAGACAUGUAAAGAAAUAGACUUCUGUGACCUGGGGAACCACGGCUGUGAGCACGACUGUGUCAGCGUUCCAGAGUCCUACAUCUGCAGGUGUAAGAAGGGCUACGUCCUCAACCUGGAUGGCAAGACCUGCAGCAAGAUUGAUCACUGUGCUGAUGGCACCCAUGGGUGUGAACAGGAGUUUAUUAAUACAGAAGACUCCUGUGUGUGUAAAUGCAGAAAAGGCUUCACACUCAGACCUGAUGGGAAAACUUGCAAGAAGAUUGAUCACUGUGCUGAUGGCACCCAUGGGUGUGAACAGGAGUUUAUUAAUACAGAAGACUCCUGUGUGUGCAAAUGCAGAAAAGGCUUCACACUCAGGCCUGAUGGGAAAACUUGCAAAAAGAUUGAUCACUGUGCUGAUGGCACCCAUGGGUGUGAACAGGAGUUUAUUAAUACAGAAGACUCCUGUGUGUGUAAAUGCAGAAAAGGCUUCACACUCAGACCUGAUGGGAAAACUUGCAAGAAGACUGAUCACUGUGCUGAUGGGAAUCAUGGCUGUGAGCAGGACUUCAUGAGCACAGAAGAUUCAUGUGUGUGUAAAUGCAGAGAAGGAUACACACUGCGACCUGAUGGCAAAACAUGUCAGAGUCUGGAUCUGUGUCAGACGGUGGACCACCGCUGUGAGCAUCAGUGUGUCAGCACCACUGACUCCUACAUCUGCAGAUGUUUUGAAGGAUUUUUGUUGGCUGAAGAUGGGAAGAGCUGCAAAAAACCAGAGUGUGGCGAUGGAGUCAUGGAUCUGGUUUUUGUGAUCGACGGCUCUAAGAGUCUGGGGCCUACCAACUUUGAGCUGGUCAAACAGUUUGUAAACGGCAUCGUGGACUCGCUGGACAUUUCCAAGAAAGGAACGCACGUUGGCCUUCUUCAGUAUUCCACCAAGGUCCGCACAGAGUUCACCCUGGGCCAGUACACUACAGCGCAGGGCGUCAAACAGGCCGUGAGCCGGAUGCAGUACAUGGGGAGAGGCUCUAUGACCGGAUCAGCCUUACGUCACAUGUUUGAGUUCAGCUUCUCAGCCAAAGAAGGCGCCAGGCCGAACAUCCCACGUGUCAGCGUUGUGUUCACUGACGGAAGAUCACAGGACGAUGUUUCUGAAUGGGCAACUAAAGCAAAGAACUCUGGGAUCACCAUGUACGUUUUGGGUAUUGGCAAAGCCAUCGAACAGGAGCUGAGAGAAAUAGCCUCAGAGCCUGAUGAGAAGCAUCUUUAUUAUGCUGAGGACUUUGAAAAAAUGGGAGAAAUUACAAAGAAGCUCAAGUCCAGGAUAUGUACAGACAAACCGUCUGAUGUCAACAUGUGUCAGUGUGAGAACGUGAUGAUGUUUCAAAACCAGGUCACUGAGAAGCUGAAGAACCUGGUGCAGAAUAUUGAAGCCAUGUCAAAGAAGCUGGAGACACUCGAGAGUCAACUUGUGCACAAAUAA